CCGCCCCCCGGCGCGCGCGCGUCAGGGAGCGCUGGGCAGUGGGCGCCUGCGACGCGUGCGGUGCGGCCCGGCGAGGGGCUGAGCGGGGCCGAGCGGGGCCGAGCGGGCCUGAGCUGGGCAGGCGGGGCGGCCCGGCCGUCGCAGGAAGGAAGGGACCAUGGUGCUCAGUAGUUUGGAUAAGAUGAUUCACCUGCAGAAGAACACUGCCAACAUCAGGAACAUCUGCGUUUUGGCUCACGUUGACCAUGGAAAAACUACUCUGACUGACUGUCUUCUGUCUAGCAAUGGGGUCAUCUCCAGCCGCCUGGCGGGUAAGUUAAGGUACAUGGACAGCAGAGAAGAUGAACAGGUUCGAGGGAUCACUAUGAAAUCCAGUGCCAUUUCACUACAUUAUGCAAAAGAUAACGAGGAGUACCUGAUUAAUCUGAUAGACUCUCCAGGACACGUGGACUUCUCCUCGGAAGUCUCCACAGCUGUCCGCAUUUGUGACGGGUGCAUCAUCGUGGUCGAUGCCGUGGAAGGAGUCUGUCCACAGACACAGGCUGUUCUGCGACAGGCCUGGCUUGAAAACAUCCGCCCAGUUUUGGUGAUCAAUAAGAUAGAUCGCUUGAUAGUGGAACUGAAAUUGACCCCGCAGGAAGCCUAUUCUCACCUCAAGAAUAUUUUAGAGCAGAUUAAUGCACUCACAGGAACUCUUUUUACUUCUAAAGUCCUAGAAGAAAGAGCAGAGAGAGAGACUGAAUCCCAAGUGAAUCCAAGUUCUGACCCAGGAGAGCAAGUGUAUGACUGGAGCACUGGCUUGGAGGACACGGAUGACUCUCACCUCUACUUCUCUCCGGAUCAGGGCAAUGUGGUGUUUACGAGUGCAAUAGACGGGUGGGGCUUCGGAGUUGAGCACUUUGCCAAAAUCUACAGUCAAAAAAUCGGCAUCAAAAAGGAAGUUCUUUUGAAAACCUUGUGGGGAGAUUAUUACAUCAAUAUGAAGGCCAAGAAGAUUAUGAAGGUGGAUCAGGCAAAAGGAAAGAAACCUUUAUUUGUGCAGCUGAUCCUGGAGAAUAUAUGGAGUUUGUAUGAUGCCGUCUUGAAAAAGGACAGAGAAAAAAUUGAUAAAAUAGUGACUUCCUUAGGAUUGAAAAUUGGAGCCCGGGAGGCACGACAUUCAGACCCUAAAGUUCAGAUCAAUGCCAUCUGCAGCCAGUGGCUGCCCAUCUCCCAUGCUGUGCUGGCAAUGGUGUGUCAGAAGCUUCCCAGCCCCCUGGAUAUGACAGCUGAGAGGGUGGAGAGACUGAUGUGCACAGGAUCACAGACGUUCGACUCUCUUCUGCCCGAAACCCAGGCCCUGAAAGCAGCUUUCAUGAAAUGUGGAAGCGAGGACACUGCUCCAGUUAUUAUCUUUGUUUCCAAAAUGUUCGCCGUCGAUGCCAAGGCCCUGCCCCAGAAUAAGCCCAGACCUCUCACUCAGGAAGAAAUUGCUCAGAGGCGAGAGUGUGCAAGACAGAGGCAUGCAGAGAAGCUCGCAGCAACGCAGGGGCAGGCACGCACGGAGCCCCCCCGGGACGGGAGUGCCCUUGACACAAAUCCAAAGGGAGAGGAGACCAAAGGUGAUGAGCAUCAGGUGGAGAGUAUGGCCCUUAAAUCUCUGCCCCAGGAACGAAACAACGAAGAGUCUUUUAUUGCAUUUGCUCGCGUGUUCAGUGGUGUGGCUCGAAGAGGAAAGAAAAUUUUUGUCCUGGGGCCCAAAUACAGUCCUGUUGAGUUUUUGCGGCAGGUGCCAUUGGGCUUCUCCGCUCCACUCGAUGGCCUUCCCCCGGUCCCCCACAUGGCAUGCUGCACCCUAGAAAACCUGUAUCUUCUGAUGGGCAGGGAGCUGGAAGGCCUGGAGGAGGUACCUCCAGGAAAUGUGCUAGGCAUAGGGGGCCUUCAAGACUUCGUGCUCAAGUCAGCGACUCUGUGUAGCGUGCCAUCUUGCCCGCCGUUUAUACCGCUCAGCUUCGAGGCUACCCCUAUUGUGAGGGUUGCUGUUGAACCGAAGCACCCAAGUGAAAUGCCUCAGCUCGUCAAAGGAAUGAAGCUCUUAAACCAGGCUGACCCCUGUGUCCAGAUUUUAAUUCAAGAAACGGGAGAGCACGUUUUAGUCACGGCGGGGGAGGUCCACCUUCAGCGAUGCCUGGAUGACUUGAAAGAAAGGUUUGCAAAGAUUCAAAUCAGUGUUUCUGAACCCAUUAUUCCAUUCAGAGAAACAAUCACAAAACCCCCAAAAGUCGACAUGGUCAAUGAAGAAAUAGGCAAACAACAAAAAGUUGCAGUUAUCCACCAAACAAAAGAAGAUCAGAGUAAAAUCCCUGAAGGAAUCCAAGUUGACUCUGAUGGGCUCAUCACCAUAACAACCCCCAAUAAGCUUGCCACACUCAGUGUUCGAGCCAUGCCCCUUCCGGAAGAAGUCACACAGAUUCUGGAAGAAAAUAGUGAUUUGAUUCGUUCUAUGGAGCAGUUGACAUCCUCUUUGAACGAGGGCAGACAUACUCAGAUGAUCCACCAGAAGACCCAAGAGAAAAUUUGCGAAUUCAAAGGAAAACUAGAGCAAUACCUAACAGGGAGAAAAUGGAGGAACACUGUUGACCAAAUCUGGUCAUUUGGCCCAAGAAAAUGCGGGCCCAACAUAUUAGUUAAUAAAAGCGAAGACUUUCAGAACUCAGUAUGGACAGGCCCAGCCAUCAAAGCUUCAAAAGAGGCCAGUAGAUACCGAGAUUUGGGCAACAGCAUCGUGAGUGGUUUCCAGCUAGCAACCCUCUCUGGCCCCAUGUGUGAGGAGCCUCUCAUGGGUGUCUGUUUUGUUUUGGAAAAAUGGUACCUAAGCAAAUUUGAGGAACAGGGGGCAAGUGAUAAACACAAUGAAGAGCAAAGGGAUGUGGUGCAGGACAGCCAAGGGGAAGAGGAAGCCUGUUCCGGUGGAGGCGAAAACCUGGGGCUCCAGGACGGCGGCUCUGAGCCCUUGGAGAAGAAGACUUCCCAGAAAGGAGAGUCUUCGCUCACUGAUUGCUACGGACCCUUCUCAGGACAGCUCAUCGCCACCAUGAAGGAGGCAUGUCGCUACGCCCUGCAGGUGAAACCUCAGCGUCUGAUGGCAGCCAUGUACACAUGUGACAUCAUGGCCACCGGUGAUGUUCUGGUGUGCGUCCGGCAGGAAACUCUCCAGAGCCGUCGGCUGUGUUUCCAUGAUGGGAUCUUCGGUGCCCUUCCGCUGUUGCGUUGCCAUCCCCUGGGGCAUACUUUGCUUGCUCAGCAUCCCACUUCGAGCAGCAAUUGCAUCCUGUCACUGACUCAUGGGGAGUCAGGAUCAACAUCAUUUCUUUUUUAAAGUAAGUUAUGUCUUCCCGCUUCAUCCCCAGAAAGCAGAAUCCAAAUUUUGGUGAUUGACUAGACCAUAGAAAUUACGUAGUCCCAUGAACUCCUGAAUUUAUACCCGAGUAAACUGGAUCUAUACAAUUCCUUUUUUCCCUUAGGUUUUAUGUAGAAACACAAUAGUACAGGAAGGUUUUUUUGUUUGUUUGUUUGUUUGUUUAAUGCCAAGAAAAAGAAGUCCCAGUACCACAAUCUUAACACACUGAUUCUUUUUUCAUUUUUUUUUAUGUGUCUUUUCUUGUCUACUGAGAACUGAAACUCUGUAAGCAGUGAAUUGAAUGUUUUGAUGAAGUUAAGCUCCUUCAUAUCUGUAGAUUUCCCCUGAUGAUCAAGGUACCAACCAUGUAGAUGAAGUAAGUAUAGGUUGAUAAGAUGUUGUGUUAGAAAGUCCACGCAUUUCCAAAGGCCUAAAUCAUACUUUAAUAAAUAUGUACAAAUCUUUAAUAUUUUCUUAAAACUCUGCAGGAAGUUAGCAUAUGGCUUCAGAGUCUGCAGUUUCUAGAAUCCAGAGUUUUGAUCCCCCCUAGAAGUUCAUUUGUUGGCAGAGAUUAUCCAUAAUUUCUCAAAAGGACAAGUUUCUUAAGGACCGUGAGAUACAGACUCCAGCCCCAGAGACAGACCCUGUGUAGGAGGCCAGCUACCUGCUCAUCAGCUUCUUGGCUCUCUGGAACUCAAGUGUUCUCCUGUGUUCAUUCCCCCUGCCACAGGCUGUCCCCCGUUCUCCUCACUGAGGACAGUGCAGGACACACGUACCAGGAAGCCCUGCCUUCCAGCCCUUCUGUAUUGACACUGCACACGUUUCUCCAUAUUGUGGGCAUGUCUCAUCCUUGCUUGGAAACUAAUGGAGAAG